AUGCGUCCUGCCGUUGACGCCAACAGCAUAGUCCUUGUCCGUCUUCGUUCGUUUGCAGCCGAGAUCGGGAACUACCACUACGGGCAAGGGCACCCCAUGAAACCGCACCGUGUUCGUAUGACCCAUAACUUGGUGGUAAACUACGGUUUAUACCGCCAGAUGGAGGUGUUUCGGCCGAAGCCCAUCAGCAGCCAACAGAUGACUCGCUUCCACUCCGAUGACUACAUCAACUUCCUACGGGUCAUAACACAAGACAACAUGCAGCUGCAGCGCUUUAACGUCGGCGAAGACUGCCCCGUUUUCGAUGGGCUUUUUGAGUUCUGCCAGCUGUACACGUCCGGCUCAAUCGGUGGAGCCAUCCGGCUCAAUAACAAGCAGUCGGAUGUGGUGAUCAACUGGGCUGGGGGCUUGCACCACGCGAAGAAGUACCGCCCACGCACGGUAUAUCCUCGACUCAGCAAGUUUCCCGUGCAUCGUUCACUCGUGUGUUUGACUAUCAAGAGUGAGGCUUCUGGGUUCUGCUACGUGAACGACUGCGUGUUGGCAAUUCUAGAGCUGCUCAAGACACAUCAGCGUGUGCUGUACGUCGACAUCGACAUUCACCAUGGAGACGGCGUGGAGGAGGCCUUCUACACAACGAACCGGGUCAUGACGGUGUCUUUCCACAAGUUUGGAGAAUAUUUCCCCGGCACGGGCGACGUCAAAGAUGUUGGCGUGGCACAGGGGAAGAACUACGCAAUCAACUUCCCGUUGGCAGACGGCAUCAACGACCAGAGCUACCGAAGUAUCUUCAGGCCAGUCAUCGAAAAGGUGGUGAUGGAGCACUACUCGCCGGAGGCAAUCGUAAUGCAAUGCGGAGCAGACUCCCUCUCAGGUGAUCGUCUCGGCUGCUUCAACCUCUCGCUCAAGGGCCACGCUGAUUGCGUGCAAUACGUGAAAAGCUUCAAUGUGCCGCUAUUGGUGCUUGGUGGAGGAGGCUACACGCUUCGCAACGUGCCGCGCUGCUGGGCAUACGAAACUGGGGUACUUCUGGACACUGAGCCGUCGGACAUGCUUCCAUACAAUGAUUACUUCGAGUACUACGGCCCCGACUACCGCUUGCACAUGCCCACGUCCAACAUGGAGGACAUGAACAAGAGGGAAACUCUGGAGGAGCCCGGGGGGUAG